AAGCGCCAUUUUGGGAGCUGGCAGCGCCAUUUUGGGAGCUCUGACUGCGUGUGACUGGAAAGGCAUAAGGCGCAUUGGACUGAGGCAGGGACGUAACUGGAUAAAAUUGAGAACGUGGUUGAGGAUUUGGCUCUGAAAGACCAGGCGCAUAAGGAGGUGGCCGAAACGGAGGAAGGGAAUGAUCCUCCACAGAAAAGCUUUUGAAUAUCAGGGGCCAGAGAAUGGACUUUUAGGAUUUCAUUAAUUAGAUUCCAGUAAGUGAAAGCAGUGACCGGGACCUUUUCAGGACCGAAGGUUCGGUAGUAGUCUUUUAAGCAAUCACCGACCCUUUGCCAGCAUCGCUGGUCUAUGGUACCUUCCUGGGGGAACCAAGGACAGGUUUUUAGUAGAAAAUUGAAGAAGUGUGUGAGAUCCUUUUUCUUAACUCUAGUUCCUCGUGCCUUGAGCGAUACUUUGACCUGACUAACAUAUAUUCCGUGUUGGGAAGUUACUUGUCCCAUGAUGGGGGUGGGGGGCUUACCUUUCGUUGUUUUCUUUCUUUUCUUUUCUUUUCUCCUUCUUUCGCCGACACUGAUCAACUGCUGAACGGAUUCGUCUCGCGAGCGAGUUACUUCGCGGCGAUCCCGGGUGCGGCCGGAAGCCACGGAGCCCUCGGGGACCGCAGGAUUCUCCAGAGGCCGCCACAGCCCUGACCGCCCAGCGAGGCCGCCCAGCACUGGCUCUGGCACAGGAAGACCCCUGGACCCCAGGUUCCUUGCCAGGGAGGAGGUGGAGGCUGUGGGCCAGGCGGAGCCCCCAGCAUGCCCCUGCCUGAGCCCGGUGAGCAGGAGGGCAAGAGCGCCAAGGCCGGCCAGGAGCCCGCCCCGGAGCACGGCACCGACGUGGUCCCUGCAGCCCCCAGGAAGCCCAAGGACUUCUCCAAGCUCGUGCUGCUCACAGCCUCCAAAGACAGUGUCAAAGUGACUGGCGCCAAGCGAAAAGGGGUGCACUGCAUCAUGUCACUAGGGGUGCCUGGCCCCGCCACCCUCGCCGAGGCCCUCCUCAAGACCCACCCCGAGGCACAGCGGGCCAUCGGAUCGGCCCCCCAGGAGCCUGAGGCCAAGCGUGGCAGGCGGGACACAGUUGCAGAAGGCAGAGAAGAUGGAAGGUUAACGGGGCGGCCUGCCCCCAGGCCCACGGUGGAAGGGGAGGGCUCCCCAGCGCCCCCCGUGCCCGGUCACCCCAGCCCCAGCGUGGCAUCGGCGUGCACACUCAGGCUGUGAAAUCGGCCGGACAUUCACCUCAGCCAGGGCCUCUGCCCAGGGGACCUGGCACCAGCAGGUUUUCACUUCCAGUAUUGUGUAAGUUUUUCUUAAAUCAAGCAUAGGUUACUUUUGUAAACACAAAGAAAAAAAAUCAAAAAAGAAUAAAAGAAGCUGGACACUG